AUGGCAUUGCUAUCCAAAGAUCUGGAUAGUGUCACUGCAGUCGGUAAAGACUUUGAGAAUGUCGAGGGAGUUGGAAGACUCAUUCGUAAGCCUCCAAGAGUUCAGCAAGGUUUAAGGCAAACAUUUGCCACUGAGGUUUGCAUUUUGCCUCCUGUAUCUUCAACAGACCUUGGAGGGAAAGACUGA